CGGCGCAGAGCCUUGGUUGCAAGCAAAUCUUUUAACUUUAUUUUGCAAAAUUUGUGAAAAUGUUUAAAAUUUAAUGGAAAAAAUUCCUCUAAUUAUGUUGAAAUUAAAAGAAAAAUUCACGAUAGAAAAUAAAAAACGGAAAUAAUAAAUAAAUAAAUCCAAUAUUGCACAAAAACAACAACUACUAGGAAAAAAGUGAAAAAAAACCUACUGACGCCACCACAAUUCAUACUCAAGGUGUCUGUGGCGUUAAGUAAAGUAUAAUUUUUUUCUAAUUUCACAAAAACUUGAAAACCUCACAACAUAAUGGCUGCUGUAAAUGUAAAACCAGUUAUAGCACCAGCACAAGGAGCCUCCACCUCCUCUUUAUUGGGCAACUUAUCGAUUACAGCUGAGAAGAACAAGCAAUGGCAGAGGGAAUUGUUGAUGGAACGUAUACGUUCCCAUUCCUCCCAACAUAAAACGUUUCAAGAACUUUCUAAAAGUAUGCGCAUGGGCAUGCUGGAAAAACGUUAUCCCUUAGAUGCGGUGGAGAAAUCUAACCUACAAAAAUGUUUGGACAAUAUGCAGCAUUGUAUUAAAGUCACUUCCCGGCAGGGUCUAGUCGAGAGACUUGAAAGUCUUUCACGUCAAUUGAGUUUAAAGUUUUCGGACGAUACUAAAGCUUUGUUCAUUUCGACUGACAUGUUUUUUCUGGAGAUACUUUUGGAUUCGAAUGGCUCGUUGACUGAUGUUAAAGUUCAUCAUGAAUCAAAGGCCGAUCAGCAGUCCUGCAGUGAGUUGGUAGAUUGCCUUAAUCGUGGAGAUUUUGCUGAUUUUACGGCUCAGCUUGAGGGCUUUUCCUCAAUUUAUCAAUUGAAUGCCGAGUCCAAAGUGAAAAUCAAGGCCUAUGAUGCCAUGCAGGCUAUGGAAACCGAUUUGUAUAAUAUAUUCCAAAUGCAAAAUUUUACAAAAGACACUUUACAAGUCAUACAGGACUCAAUAGUUGGAGUGGUUUUAAAACGCCGAGGUGGUCAUCCCAUGCGCCUAGUGUAUUUUGUUUCUCCCUACGAUUUGAUUUCACUGGAAAGCAAAUCUUUACAGUCUUUGAGUUUAGACUCCUUCAAGAAUAAACAAAUUGGUUUUAGUGUUACCGUUAAUUUGGAAGCUUCUUCAGCCAAUAAACUGCAAAUUUUACCCACUGUUACAGUGGCAAAAGAUCCGCAAACAGGUAUUGAUGUUCCCGUCUUUGCACCUUUAAAUCAAAUGAAUUCUAUGCUUCUGCCCGCCACAUUUGUAUUGCGCCUAAACAGGCCUCUGCCGGUAUGCUUUAACACCUUACGAUCUAUGGGCCUGUGUGCAGGCGGUCUUAAUGAAACAAAUCCUUUACCUUCAUCCUCUCUGGAGGCUCAACAUAAAACACCGCUGGUGGCCAAUAUCAUGAGUCUGAUCAUACAAACAGCUUCGGACCAAAAAAUGAAAUCAUCACAGAAAGGUUUAUUUGUUUGUUUGCCCGAUCAAACGCACUGCUAUUUUUUCACCGAAAAUAAAUUAUUGAAAUCUACUUUAAUUCAUUCUCUACCAUUUACGGAACCUUCACAAGUGCCAAAAAUUUUGGAUUUUCUUAAAAAGAUGGCUUUAUUUUAUGCUCUAUUGGCAAGUUGUGUACGGCCACAAUCCAAAAUGGGAAAUGAUAUAGAUUCAACCACUAUUCUUGAAGUUAAUGCCAUUUCAUUUCAACAGAUCUCAGUGGCUCUUCAGCAUCCAUACGAAGAAUCAAUGGCCACAGUUGAAUUUGAUUUACGUACGGGUCAACCACAAUGUACCAUCUAUAGCAUUAGCAAUAAUUAUGAUUUACUCUCGAUAAAAUUAACAAGCAUCGUACAAAAAUGUCUUUCCAUACCGGUGACAAUAAGAGCUCUUUUAAGAUUUUGGGACCAGGAACGUAUGAAAAUGUUUCAAAGAAGCAUUGGUGGGGGAUCAACAAAUGCGGGUGGCAUAGGCGGUGCUGGAGCUGUUGGAGGUGGUACAGCGAAUAGUAAUCUAGGUGGAGGUAAUAUGUCGGGUAAUAUGCCCAGUACUUCACAUGCCGCUUAUGGAAAUUUUAAUAUAUCUGGUGGAUCUAACGACCCAGGAGGUGGCGGUAUGAAGAUGUCGAGUGGUAGCAUGAAAAUGGAUACUACAGGUCAGCAAAGAUCAGCACAGUUACAGGCUGCUGCGGGUGGUUUUUUAAAGUACAAAAGUGGUGGUGAAUUGAAACAGGAGGAUUUUCAUGAGAGCCCAAAGAGUCAAAAUUUAGCUGCAGUAGCUACAGAACAUGUUGCUUCAAACUUAAUGCAAUCUACUUUAGAAGUUAACUCUUUGGGCCAAACACUAACGCAACAACAACAUCAACAACAACAACAACUUCAUACACAACACCAACAACAACAACAACCUCAACAAACAUUUGAACAAAAGAUUGCUGCUGAUCAUGAAAUCGCUGAUAAAUAUAAAAACAUUUGGAAAGAUAAAACGCCAAAUCUUAAAAAUUCGGUUAGCAUUACACCCAUUAAUGAGGCUACCAAUGCUACUAAUAGUCUCCCUAACACCAAUAACAAUCCCAAUACCACCUCCUCACCUUUAGAUGUAAAACGUACGGGUGGCAUAGAAAUUAUACCCCUAACAGGACCAAAUACUAAUAAUACUGGUGUCAGUAGUAGCGGAAACAAUACAAAUGUUACACCCACUACUAUAACCAUAACACCCAUUAAUGCGGGCUCUUCACCUUCGCCUCUAGCUAAUAAGGAGAAAAAAUCAUCUACUAGUUUAGUGCCGGCAGCAUCUUCAACAGGUUUGUCUUCGAAUAAACGCUCCUUAGAUACAGCUGAUAAUCAAAAAGAUAAAAAACGUAAAAAACGUAGAGAUGACUCUCCCAUGGGGCCGCCAGAAAAAGUUUUCUCAAGACAAAAUUCACCUGCUGGCUCAAGUGAAGCGGCUGCUACAGCAGUGGCGCGUAAAUUCUCUUCACCCUCUUCAUCACCCAAAGGUUCUUCUGGUGGUCUUUUGGCUUCUUCUGUAACAGGUUCGUCUUUGUCGGCUCGUCCUAGUCCUAAACAUUCUCCUGUAUACAGUAGUCCCAAACAUAAUACCGCCUCCAACAGCCCAAAAUCACCCUUUGGCACCCACUCACCCAAACAUGGCUCUUCUGGCAAGCCCAGCAUGUCCACCUUAAAAAGUGCAACUACUGCCAGCCCCAAAGGAGAUAAAUCUUCUUCAUCUUCUAAUACCUCUUCCACGUCGUCAGUACUUAACACUGCUGCUUUAGUACGUUCUCUACAGCAGUCCGGUUCGACUUCCUCAUCAACAGCUAGUACCGUAGCGGCUGCCGCAGCUGCUGCUAUGGCGGCUCUUAAAAAUAAAGACAAAACCUCUGCUCUCAAUUCGGCUGCCGUUAGUUCAGCAGCAGCAGCUGCUGCAGCCGCUGUUAAGUCAAGUAUGGGUGUUACCUCUAUGCAACAGUUGAAGUCUUCCGUUGCCGGUCUUAAUCAUAUGACGGCUGCUGCGGCGGCUGGUUAUGGCGCUGCUAAUAACCCGAACCCCUCCUUGGAUCUUAACUCAGCCAUGCGUAAAGGUGUAGCCGCUGCGGUUAGUUUGAUGACGUCGACACCAACUACAGCAACAGUAUCAACAGUCUCAACACGAUCACCGCAACGUCAGUUGCAGGAGUCACAGGACAGACACAAACAGCAGCCAACAACAGCAACAAUAAUGCAACAGCCACUUGGCAGCAAUGAGUUAAUGAAAUUGUCAGCUUCGUCAACGUCGUUGGCGGCAAAUGAUACUCUUAAUACUAGUGGUGGCAGCAGCAGUAGUAGUAGUGAGUAUAUGGUUAAGUCAUCACAAGAAGGUUUAAAAUUAACCAUAAACAAGACAUCCCAUAAGUCAUCAUCGAAAACGUCAUCGUCAUCCUCAACAAAGUCAUCGCAUGCGGCUACACAAGGAUCAGGGAACUCCUCCUCCUCCUCAGCGUCUGGAUCAACGUCAUUAUAUAAUAAAAAGCUACAUACAGGCCUUAAACCGGGUGUAAAUAGUGGACCGGCUUCCAAGAAAUCAACAUCCUCUUCCUCCACCUCAUCAUCGAUGUCUUCAAAACCCUCCUCCUCCUCAGCAUCAUCAUCGUCCUCCUCCUCUAAGCAUAUAUUUCAAAAAUCGAAUUCAUCUGGUAGCUUAAGUACAAAAUUAGGUUCUAGUAAUAGUUCUAUGAAUACAUCAUCUACGGGUUAUGGUCUUUCAAAAAGUCAUAGUACAAAUUCAUUUUCCGAUAUGCGCAGAUCAUCGAAAAAGUCCCACAGUGCAUCAACAUCACCUGCACUACCUUCAUCACAUAAUUCCUCUUCAACAUCACAGCCAGCUACGCGUUUAGAUCAUCAUGCCGAUAUGAUGAAAAUCUUGCAGUAUGCUUCACCCAUAAUGGCUGCCAGCAUGGAGGGUUUUAUGAAGGGUCUCAAUUCAAAAUUUCAAAUACCCAAACUAUCACAACGUAACAAUAAUCCCAAUGCCAACUCUAGUACUUCAAACAUCAACAGUUCCCCGUCUUCAACAUCUACAUCAACAGCAAUGUCAAGCGCUUCGACAGCCACUUCCUAUUCAUCUGCACAAAAUCAUCCUGCCUCGUUAAAUAAAAUUAAAGAUCAAAAAUUAACUACACACUCUUCACAUGAUCAGUCGUCCUCUUCCCUGCACUUAAUCAAAACUACCAGUUCAACUUCCUCCUCCUCCUCGUCUUCUACUGCUUCCUCAUUAACUAAGUCAAAAUCUUCAACAUCGUCAUCAUCAACAUCCUCCUCAACAUCGGCCUCUUCUUCAUCAUUAGGUUUUCUGAAUGCUGCCGCAAAAUCUACAAAUUCCAAUAGCUCUCAUGUCGUUGAUGAUUCACUGUUGGCAACAUUGGCGGCGGGUAAAUGACAUUGCGUUAUAUGCGUUCCCACUAACACUUCUCUUCAAAAGUAUUGGUCUUUGUACAUGAUAAAUACCUUUAUAAUAAGACUGUUGUAAGUUGGUUGGAUUAUAUUACGAUUAUUGUUAGUUUUGUUAGUUUAUACAAAUAUUUUAUUUCGCACAAAUAAUUUUCUGCCUUAAUUUGUUAAAAAAAAACGAAAAAUUGUAAAUCUUUGGAAAAGAAUUAUUGUUAAACAAAAGAAACAU